AUGGCAGCAGACAGCCAGGAGCACAGCCGGGCCUGCCAGCAGCUGCAGGCUGAGCAGGAGAAGGUGGCUGUGCUGGAGGCCCAGGCUGAGCGGCUGGCUGGCCUCCAGGCUGACCUGUCCAGCACUCAGGCAUGGGCAAAGGAGAAGGAGAGCGAGGAGCAGAAGCUGAGGGUCGAGAUUUCCUCCCUGAAGGAGAAAAUGGCUGUGGCAGAGCGAACAGCAGCCCAGCGCGUGGCCAAGCUGGAGGCGGAUGCCCAGAGAGCUGCUGAGGCACUGGAGGGAGUCUCCCAGCAGCUCUCCCAGGAGAAGCUCAAAUCCAAGGAGCUGGAAGGCACCGCGGAUCAGCUGCGGAUUGCAGAGAAGGAGCUGGUGUCCCUCCGCUCUGCCGUGCAGGAGAAGGAGAGCUGGAAGGAGCAAGUGUCCCAGUGUGUCCAGGAGAUGGAGAGGAAGAACAGCCUGAUCGGUAGCCUGGAGCAUGAGGUCUCCAUCCUCCGUCGCCAGGUGACGGAGAAGGAAGCGGAGAGCAAGGAGCUGAAACGCCUGAUCCUGGCUGAGUCGGAGAAGAGCAAGAAGCUGGAGGAGAGGCUGCGGGUGCUGCAGACGGAGAUGGCCACCGCAGCCUCCCGCGCGGCUGAGAGGUGCUCAUUGAUGAAGGUGGAGGUGCAGCGGUGCCAAGAAGAGAUGGAGAAGCAGCGGAUGACCAUCGAGGCCCUGAAGAGGGACCGCCAUUGCCAGAGCAAGCGGGAGGAUGAGCUGCGGCAGGAGGCGAAGGCCUGCCAGGACAAGUGCCUGCAGAAGGAGCAGCUCCUGGCUGCCCUGCAGCAGGAGCUCGACGGCGCUCAGGCCGAGCGUGCCUCCCUGGAAAGCCAGCACCGCCGGGACCUGGAGCAGAGAGCAAAAGCCACGUCCACGCUGCAAGCCGAGCUGGCGCAGGCCAAGCUGGAGGCGGCUGAGGUGCCGUCGCUGCGGGAGCAGCUGGCAGAACGGGACCGGGCCGUCCAGCGGCUGCAGGCUGAGGCAGCAGAGGUGGGGACGCGGCUGGCAGGGCUGCAGCAAGCCAACGCUCAGCUGGCCAAGGAGAACCAGGGGCUCAGCAAGAGCCGCAGCCAGGGGCAGCAGCAGCUUGAGGCGGAACUGGGCCAGGCCAGGGAGCGGCACAGGCAGGAGCUGGAGCAGCUGCGGGCGGCGUCUGAGAAGCUGGUGACCAGCAGCAGGCAGGAGGCUAAGGAGGCGGUACAGAAGCUGGAGGACCUGAGUAAGGAGUAUGAGAGCAGCAAAGCGGCAGCCCUGGAAGAGAGGAAGAAACUCCUGGAAGCGAAGCAGAGACUGACAGCUCACGUAGGGGUUGCACUCCCAGCAGGAGGGCUGUGGGUGGGGAAGCCCUCCUGGAAAAGGGCUGUGUUCAGCCUUCUGCACACUCCUGAAUGCACGUCCUGCUCACCGCAGGGACCAGGAGUGUGGGACACAUUCCUGGGUGUGAAUGGGACUGUCCCAGUGAGGUGCUGGAGUGUUUCCAGAGAAGGGCAGCAAAGCUGGGGAAUGAUCUGGAGCACCAGUGGAGCAGCUGGAGAUAAUCCAGAAGGAACAAACAAUGCAGGAAACACAAAGAAGGCCACCAGCUCUCAGCUGGAAGUCUCAGUGGUGCCAUCAGACAGUGAAGAGUCACCGCUGUCCCAGCAGCCGCCCCAGAGGAAACCAUCCCUGGAGAGUCUCUACUUCACCCCCAUCCUCUGUGAGACGCCGUCGCAGCUGGAGAGCAGCGCCAACCUCCCGGGGGACCGCUCGCUCGACUCCAGGUGCAAGACCCGCUCAGCCCGACGCCGCACUACCAUCAACAUCACCAUGACAGACGUGAGCAGGGGGGCUGCCGGGCAAUGCAAGGACACUGGUCUGUCAUUGGCUCAGUCCACAAAAACUUCUUCCCCUGCUAAGGGCCGUCUGCACUCAAGUGCCUCCACCUGUUCCCUCACCAGCUUCCCCUCCCAGGAAACUCUUACGAAGCUGGAAACCUCCUCUCCAGAGAAGACCCCUAGCAACUCAGGACUGCUGGGCCUCCCUGGGUACCGGCCAGUCACACGGAGCUCCCUGCGCUUGCAGCGGACCAGCAGCUCCAGCCUCGGCCGGAACACCAUAAACCUGGGCAUGUGCCAGGAUGAGCCGGAGCAGCUGGAUGACUGGAACCGCAUUGCAGAGCUGCAGCGGCGGAACCAGGCGCGCCCCCCGCACCUGAAGACCAGCUACCCCCUAGAGAGCAUGCCCUCCACCUCCUUGGGAACCAUCACGGAUGAGGACGUGAAGAUGGGGGACCCAGAGGAGACGCUGCGACGUGCCAGCAUGCAGCCCUCCCAGCUCAUGGCCGCCAGCAGCGAGGCAGGCAGCCAGGGCAGCAGCAUCACUACCCGGCAGCAGAGGAAGCGCCUCUUGGACGAGACCCACCAGGGCCCCGACACCCCCCCGUCCAAGAAGCCAACCAGCUGCUUCCCACGGCCCCAGACCACCCAGGACCGCGGCGAGCAGAGUGGCUCCCAGGUGAGUCAAGAGAGCGAGCAGCCAGCCCGAGCCAUGCAGGCUCAGAGGCGCCAGUCGAUGGCGUUCAGCAUCCUCAACACCCCCAGGGAGCUGGGGAGGCGCCUGCUGCGCCGGGCGGUCGCCCAGAGGAGCACUCCCACGGCCUCCAGCAGCGGCGGCGGCGCCCGCCGUUCAUCCCGCAUCGCCACCGCCAAGUCCCCCAAGGGCAAGGCCGGUCGCCAGUCGCGCAAGGACAAUCGAUCCUGAGGUUUCCCCGGUCCCCGCGUUGCUGGCUCUGCCCUGGCCCCAACCUGCCCCCCCUCAGCUCUCCCUGUCUCUCCAGGGCCCAGGAGCACGGAGAGGGAACAGGUGGGGCCACCCACAUGGCUGCCUUGCACAUCCCACUGACAGCUCCAGAGGUGUCCUGGGCAUGGCAAGGCCCCCGUGCCCUUCCUGCACCACUUGUCACCCUAAACCCUUCUGGGACCCAAGGCAAGGGGAUGCACAGGGGCUGAGGGCUAGAAACACACAGGGGUGCAGGGGCUGGCACCAGGCUGCGGCUGGAGGGGCUGAGCUCUCCCCAGGGAUAUCCUGCAGCCCCAGUUACAGGGACAGAGGGGAAACCUGGCAUCCCUAGGGCCACUACCCCUGCUGCCUGUGUGUGGGACUCCCCACCUGCCCUGUCCUCCUGCUCCUCCCAGGGAAGCUGAGGCAGCAUUUUAAAUGUUUCUACUUGUAAAUAAAGU